CCCAUGAGGAGGUGGGAGAUGAGUUUCUUGUCCGAUGGAUGAGAGAUCAUCCAUCUCGGAGGACGAGUACUGGAUUCUGUUGUAAUUUAAUUAAACUAGCUUAUCAAAGCAAACGUUAGUACUUUUGUGUCUGAAGCGUAUUCAACCAUCUCCAGUCUGGAUUUUAUUGGUGAUGGAAUGCAACAAGGAAGAGGCCCUAAGGGCCAAAGGCAUCGCGGAGAAGAAGAUGCAGAAUCAGGAUUUUUCAGGGGCUCUUAAAGUUGCAAUCAAGGCCCAACAACUUUUCCAGGAGCUGGAGAAUAUUUCUCAAAUGAUAAUGGUGUGUGAUGUACAUUGUGCUGCUGAGAAACCAUUGUUUGGUAAUGAGAAGGACUGGUAUGCCAUACUUAAGGUUGAGCCGACAGCUGAUGAGGCUACAAUCAAGAAGCAGUAUAGAAAAUUUGCCCUGCAACUUCACCCGGAUAAGAAUAAGUUUCCUGGUGCUGAAGCUGCUUUUAAGUUGAUUGGGGAUGCUCAAAGGACUCUUUUGGAUCAAGGCAAAAGAUCUGCACAUGACAUGAAACGCAGAGUGACUGUUAAUAGACCGGCUCCAGCAGCAGCAUGUCGUCCCCCGCAGAAUCCAAGUUGGCACCCAUACCCGGCUACUCAAAAUAAUUUCCAUACCAACUUUUCUGGAAUGAAUUCUCAACAGCAGCGACAACCAACUCAAGCAGGGGUCUCUAAUGGCCAGCGCACUUUCUGGACCAAGUGUCCGUACUGUACAGUUAGGUACCAGUAUUAUACAGAAGUACUUAACAGAUCUCUUCGUUGUCAAGCUUGCCACAAGAACUUCGUUGCGUAUGAUUCAGGUGCAGUUCCGCAGGCGAGUAACGUGACUCAGUCAAAUUUACCUCGACAAGGAGUUGCGCAUAAUCAGAAUGCUUCCAGAGUUGAUCCAGGAACUCAGAGGAAGUUUAAUUCUGAGAGUGUUUUUACAUCCUUUACUCCUAAGGCAGCUGGUACUUCAGAUGCCAGAACUGAAAAAGUGAACGGGAAAAGAGGAAGGAAGCAAACUGUUGAAUCCAGUGAAAGCUGUGACAGUGAAAGCAGCCUUGAGUCUGAGGAGGAUGAGGUGAUUGAUGGCAAUGGUGAAGUUUUAUCUAAAAAGAAGUUUGAUUCUCAAGGAGAGCAGAAUGUGCGGAGAUCUGAGAGGCGUAAGCAACAUGUUUCUUACAAGGAAAAUUUAAGUGAUGAUGAGGACACGGUAAAUCCUGCUAAAAGGGCCAAGGGAAGUGAAUUGCCCUCUGAAACUGAAGAAACAGGUAAUGAAGAUGAAGCGAAGAACCACAAAGUGGGUAAACGUUUUGAGGCAAGCCAAUCCAAUGGUAAGAAGGAAAGUGGGAAAGGAGAUGAUCUUAAGAAAACUAGGGAAGCUUCUGCUGAUGGUGUUAAGGGAAAUUCAAACCCCACCAUUGAUGAUCCUGUGUCGGAUACAAGUUGCAAAGAAACAAAAGAGUCGGAGGUUUUUGCAUACCCUGAUCCUGAGUUUAAUGACUUCGACAAAGAGAAGAAAGAAGGGUGUUUUGCAGUGGGGCAGAUUUGGGCAUUGUACGAUACACAGGAUGCCAUGCCUAGAUUCUAUGCUCGGAUCAGAAAAGUCUUCUACUCUGGGUUCAAGGUGAGGAUCACGUGGCUAGAACCAGAUCCAGAUGAUGAGAAUGCAGUACGAUGGGUUAGUGAAGGUUUACCUGUUUCUUGUGGUAGGUUCAAGCAUGGGGAGCCUGAGAGCAUUGAAGAUCGUCUUAUGUUUUCCCAUUUGAUAAGUUGGGAAAAAGGACCAUAUAGAGAUACCUAUAAGAUAUAUCCAAGAAAAGGAGAGGUUUGGGCCCUUUUUAAGAACUGGAAUGUCAACCGGAAGUCGAGGACCGAGAAACAUGGAUAUGAAUUUGUUGAGAUCUUAUCAGAGAAUGGUGAAGGUGUAGGUAUACAUGUUGCUUACUUGACUAAGGUCAAAGGCUUUGUGAGUGUCUUCUGUCCAAUGAGUAAGGAUGGAGUUAAUACAAUUCUAAUUCCGCCCAAUGAACUACUCAGGUUUUCUCACAAGGUUCCAUCCUUUGUGCUGACCGGUAAAGAGAGAAAGGGGGUGCCAAAAGGUUCUUUUGAACUUGAUCCAGCUUCUUUACCUGAAGAAGUUUUUGUUCCCAAGGGCUUGAAGGAGGAAGGUGAUGGCAGAGAUCCUAGUGUUUCAGAAAUGGAGGAUCCAAUGGCAGGAUCAAAUGAUCCUGAUCCUUCAACUUCGGCUCCAAAAUCCUUUGAAAUUCCAGAAUCAGAAUUCUACGAUUUCGACGCUGACAAAACCGAGGAGAAGUUCCGUGUUGGUCAGAUCUGGGCACUGUAUGGUGAUGAGGAUGGCUUGCCAAAGUAUUAUGGUGAGAUCAAGAAAGUCGAGUCCUCCCCUGUUUUCAAAGUACAUGUGAGAUGGCUUUUUUCUUGCCCAUUAGAAACCACGACUCAGUGGCAAGAUUCAGACAUGCCAACUUGUUGCGGUAGAUUCGGGAUUAGAAGGGGUUCCCAGACCUACACCUCCACUGAUUCCUUUUCUCAUUUGUUAAAAGCCGAGCCUACAGAUACGAAGGGCAAAUACAACAUCAUACCUAGAAAAGGUGAGGUAUGGGGAUUGUAUCGGAACUGGACCCCCAAUAUCAAAUGUUCCGACUUGGAGAACUGGGAAUAUGACAUAGUGCAGGUUUUGGAGGAAACUUAUUUCCUCAUCAAGGUUGUAGUUUUAGAUCGCGUCGAAGGCUUCAAUUCUGUUUUCAAGCCCCGAGUAAAAGGAGGAUCAAAUGUUACAAUCGAAAUCCCUCGGGUGGAUCAGAUUCGGUUCUCUCAUCAGAUUCCGUAUUUCCAGCUAACUCAUGAGAGAAAGGGCAGCCUAAGAGGAUGUUUGGAGCUAGAUCCUGCAGCACUGCCACCACAUUAUUUUUCGUUCUAGCAUUUUGAGUAGCAAGAUUAUUAAGUUUAAUGCCGUCGGUUUUUGUUCCUUACAUUUUAUAUGUGUACUUUACAUGAUGAUGAUAAUGCUUUUUCAGGACAGUGGUUCUAAAACAGGACAAGUUUGGUUAAUGUCUUUUAACUACUUUAGGUGUAACUGGAUGCUUAUGUUCUUUAAUCUCAUUGAAUCUUGUUUUUGCUAUACCAGAAAAUGUAACAUCAAAUAUGAUCUGGUAAUUGCAGAUCAGUUGCUUUUAUGUCCAGUUACUGUUUGAACAUUUUUCAGUGUUGUUGAAAUUGAACUGGUGUAUUGGAUUGAAUUGGAAA